UUAUUCCCCGUACGCCAGCCGCAGCAGUUGCACUUUUACAACAAACAUUGAAUCCUACUUUGCUCGCGUGAGUUCGUUCAUUGACCACGUCGUCGGUUUCGUCAUCUUUGCCGCUUACUCAAUAGCAAGAAGCAAAGCAUAUCGCCAACAACAAGACGCAUUGUCUACGUCUGCGCAAAUUUUCUUUAAUUGUAUGAAUCGCCCUUUCCAAGUGAAAAGUUCAAGUUCUCCACUGCCAGUUCCAGCGUCAAAGCGAGUGUUUUUAAGCAUCAGCAUCCAAGUUGGCCUCUUAUAGUGUCCUAAUUUCCUUAGAGACAGCAAGAAACGGUAAAAAGUGAUUAUUUUUUGAUAUUCCAUCAUCGACAUCAUGGCUUGUUGUGGUUGUGGUUGUUUCUAAGCCAGGAGGGCACAGUGCAGUAUAAAUAUUUGGCAGGCACCAGCGAAUCAAACAACAUGAGGCCAGCAGCCAGCAGUAGUCGACGAGAACGACGACAGCGUGCAGUAGUUCAAGCGAUCACCGCCCGUCGGGCGACUCCAUCGAAAGCGACAUCAGCAGCCGCCGCAGCAACAUUUCCGGAACAGAGAUUCUUCCCCAGCAUUCUGGUUCCACCGUCGUCGAUCGUCAACAAGAAGCGCCAGCACUUCAACCACCAGCGGCGGCAUUUUCCAUUCCGCUUGGCACCAACGGUGCGCAUUAAAUCGUGAUUUGCGCCUCCCUAUGCCGAUCGCAGCAACCGGAAGAUUCUAGCUCGAAGAAGGAAGAACAGGUUGCUUAGAUUAGUGGGCGCGUGUGAAUGCACUUUAUUAGAUUAGACACUGAGGCGCAUCGGUGAGCCCUCGAACAAAGGACCUUAUUUGCUAUGGAUUGAGUGCUUCAUCACCUUCAUCAAACUGGCGCGUGAGCGAGUUGAAUUAAAAAAGAGUGAGUGACUUUGUUGUUGUUGUUACUACGACCGACGUCGCCAGAUCGAACCAAAAUAUAAACAUUUGCGUCGUCCUCCGCUGGGUGAACGCGCGCGCGGCCAAUCCCCGUAUGUGCCAAUUUCGCCGACCUUCGUAGUGGCAGUGACUUUCGCGCGAAUAUUUUUGAACUAUUAGUCUGCGUGGCGAGAAGUGUAGUGUUGUGGGGGCUUCGAGUGGUGCAUCUUUUUCCGCGUUGUGAUAUCGGUAACUGCCACAUAAGACGCCAUGGCAGCUGCGCAAGCUGAUAACAACAACAAUAACAACGGGGCAGCCGUCUGGAUCUUCGGUUACGGUAGUUUGUGCUGGUAUCCGGGGUUUCAGUACGAGAAGUGCAUCACUGGCUACAUCCGGGGAUACGUGAGGCGCUUCUGGCAGGGUAACACGACCCAUCGAGGAACGCUGGAAAAGCCCGGUCGCGUUGCCACUUUAAUUGAGGAGAAAGAAGGCAUCACGUGGGGCUGCGCCUUCAAGGUGACCGGCCAGCUGGCCCUGGACUACCUUAAGCAGCGGGAGUGCACCCUCGGGGGCUACCAAACGGACUACAUAAAGUUUUUCCCCCGCAAGGCCAGCGAAUGGUCCGGCAUCAGCGGGCAAGCCUUCCCGGCCCUGGUUUACAUCGCCACGCCAAAGAACGACCUCUGGAUCGGUGAGGAGCCAAUGGUCGUGACUGCGCGCCAAAUAACCCAAUGCCAGGGCCCCAGCGGACACAACGUCGAAUACCUGAUCCGGUUGGCGAUUUUCAUGCGCGAAGAGCUGCCCGGUGCCAGCGAUGAGCACCUGUUUGAGCUGGAAGGACUGGUUCGACGGUUUGUGGCCGAAGCGAACGUGACAAUUAGCAGUUUGCUUGGAAGCGCCCCACGCCGCAUCAGGCGGGAUUCCCACGAGGAGGUGCGGCGACAUGUUUCGUUCGAAUUCACCGCAAGGGUGCCGGAGAAGAAACUGAGAUGUUUGCACAUUUAGGACAAUUCGCCUUAUCAACUAAUGACGCAAAAAUUUAAUGUGUUUCAACUACAAACGAUAUUAUUUUGAAACGCGACAGCUUUUUGUUACUUUGGUUUUAGGAUCAGUUAGAUAGCUUUUUUCUUUAUUCUAGCCUUAAGUUUGAUUAGACUUUUUGACACGCAUAAACCAUCGAUAAGAUAAGCUUUUCGUUACAUUUAGAUAAGAAAGCGAUAUAGACUACAAGAAUAUACCAAACAAACUAAUUAGCAAUGUAUUAUGCAAAGACGGCUAUUUCCAUUAAAUAUAAGUGCAAAGCUUUUUUUAUUUCGAAACAUUAAAAAAAUCUUUUUUAAUAUAC